UCAUUUUAGUCUUUGGCUGAUGUGCAGUUGUCAAGUUGUUUGACUUUUUGUGAACCUUUUCCUUCUGAAGGUUUAUCAGAACUGUUUUCUGCUGAGCAAGCAGCAUUCAUUUGAAGAUCUAUCUUGUAGGUGCAUAGGUCAAAAAUCAGAUUUUGUUUUCCCUAGCAAAAUUCUUUCCUGUCUGCUUUUAGUAAUACACAGAAGCCAUCUCACCCCCUUAAUGGGAAUAUCUCAUUACAUUGAGUGGUAAUAAAUUGAUAAUUUAGUGUCAAUUAAAGCAGAACUGUAUUACUAAAAGAACAAAAGCAAACAAAAUCCCUAAAAGCCAGGGUCUUCUUUUGGUAAACUCCACAAACAUGAAGAAUUUCAUGGACUUCAGAGCCUGAAAUAUUUUUCUUUUAGCAGGCAGAGUUACAAGCAAAGCAGAAUUACAAGCUUUAAUUAGAGAAUGUAUAUACCAUUGUAUACUGUGUAACUGAUAGAUUUUUAUGAUACCACUGCAGGCAAACUAUUAGGAAAAUUUUUGUGCGGUUUCACAACUGGAUAAAAUCUUUUGGUAACAUGCUUCAAAUUGGGUUUAAUAAAAUGUGAGAGUUGAUCACUAAAGGUGGAUAGUUUUUUUGGGGGGAGUGCAUUGAUAUGCUUGGACCCAUAUUUACAGUGUUUUUUAAAAGAAAAGUAGUCAUUAAUACUUGACACUGAAUUUCAUGUGUUUUCUAGAUCCUCUGUAAGUGGGAGUUUGUGGUGGGCCAGUUAGUCUUGCUUAAUAAUGUGGUCCUUUUGUUUUAGAAAGUUCUUGCUCAGGUCUCUGCAAAGAACUUAAAGUAUUCAGCUAGGAUGAAUGGCUCUGGAGCUUGGAAAGUGUAUAUUUUCAUUAAUUUUUACUCAAUUUUUGUGGAAACUGUUCAUAUGUCUGUUUUUGCUUGUGUUCCUCAAAUUCUGGUACCCUGCCAAAAUCAAAUGCACAAAUGGACUGUGACAAUGACUUUGGCAUUGGCAGUAGCAGCAAUUUAAAAUGCCCAAAUUAGAUGAACUGGGAGGGAGGAGUAGGUUUCUCAUGGUUGCACUUUGGCUUCUAUGGCCUUGGAUAUACCACUGCAGAAUAUAAUAUAGACUAAAGAUGGUGUGAGAAAGGAGGUAACCUUUCCCAGACUUUUCCUGGAAAUUGCCAUUUAGCAGUAGAUCUUCUUCUUUCAUGGAUAAAUAGUAUUAACAAUCUUACCUGUUACUAGUGACAGUUUUAGUAGCAGUGUGUGCAAGAAUAGUUAAUAUGCAAUUAUUGUUCAAAUUGCCACUAAUGCAUUGUAAGAUGUUAUAUCAUAAAGCCAAGCAUGACUUCAGAAGGAUGCUCUAGGAAGGUGGUGAAUGGUCUUAUGUUAAAGCACUAUUUACUUUAACAAAGUGAAAUACUUGGAAUGUAGGUUUAUGUUGCUGCUUUCUUUUGUGUGAGUGAAGUCUUCAGUGAUGAUGUGGCCUUUUUUCUGAGACCCAGCCCCAUUUGCAUGUAAGACAUAGAACUAAGAUUUUAUUAACUUAAAUUUUUCUAUUCCUGAUAUAAAUUAUAUAAGUUGCAAAAUUGUUUUGGUGUUUUCUCAGGUGUUAUACAUGUAGUUUGGAAUUGUGCUACUUAAUCUCUAUAGGCCAUUACUGUUCGGAAGGAUUUGGUAUUUUUUGUCACAAUCCUGGUGUAAAGCUGUUUUUGUUGCUAAAAAUGCAUCUAGGACAUGUACCAGAGGUGUGGACAGUCUUUUGAUUUGUUGAGCUGCAUACCAACACUUUCUUUUGAAGGCUGCAAGGUGUAUAUCAACCACAUGCUUUGGAGAGCAGAGAGGAGGAACAGGAGCCAAUGAAGUCAAGAGCACCACAGCUACAUUUGGAAUACAGAUUCUACAAGCAGCUAGGAUCUGGAGAUGGAAUACCUCAGGUCUACUAUUUUGGCCCAUGUGGCAAAUAUAAUGCCAUGGUGCUAGAACUACUGGGACCUAGCUUGGAAGAUUUAUUUGACUUGUGCGAUAGGACAUUUUCUCUUAAAACUGUUCUUAUGAUAGCCAUACAGUUGAUUUCUCGUAUGGAAUAUGUCCAUUCAAAGAACUUGAUUUACAGAGAUGUAAAACCUGAGAACUUCUUAAUAGGACGACCUGGAAACAAAACCCAGCAAAUUAUUCAUAUUAUAGAUUUUGGUUUGGCAAAGGAGUAUAUAGAUCCAGAAACAAAGAAGCACAUACCAUAUCGAGAACACAAGAGCCUUACAGGAACAGCUAGAUACAUGAGUAUAAAUACACAUUUAGGAAAAGAGCAAAGUAGAAGAGAUGAUUUGGAAGCUUUAGGUCAUAUGUUUAUGUAUUUUCUCAGAGGAAGCCUUCCAUGGCAAGGUUUAAAGGCUGAUACAUUAAAAGAACGUUAUCAGAAAAUUGGAGACACAAAACGAGCAACACCUAUAGAAGUAUUGUGUGAAAACUUCCCAGAGGAAAUGGCUACAUAUCUACGUUAUGUAAGAAGGCUAGAUUUUUUUGAAAAGCCGGACUAUGACUACUUACGAAAGCUGUUCACAGACUUACUUGAUCGGAAGGGCUAUAUGUUUGAUUAUGAAUAUGACUGGACUGGCAAACAGUUGCCUACUCCAGUGAGUUCAAUUCAUUCAGACCCUGCGCUAUCAUCAAACAGAGAAGCACAUCAGCACAGAGAUAAGAUACAACAAUCCAAAAAUCAGUCAACAGAUCAUAAGGCAGCUUGGGACUCCCAGCAAGCCAAUCCACAUCACUUGAGAGCUCACUUAGCAGCUGACAGACAUGGUGGCUCGGUACAGGUAGUAAGCUCAACAAAUGGAGAAUUGAACACAGAUGACCCAACUGCAGGCCGUUCAAAUGCACCCAUCACAGCUCCUGCAGAAGUAGAAGUCAUGGAUGAAACAAACUGCCAGAAAGUGUUGAACAUGUGUUAUGUAACUCUUAGAGCAGCUCUGGUCUGCCUCUGCCCACUGCUACUUUUUCAGUGACUGAGCAACAGGGUGCCCUUGGAUAUUUUGAGAAGGUAACUUCUAUCUCCCCUUGCUUUGGAUGUUGUUCUCACCCCAUUUAGAACCUUAUUCUUAGACCCUUAUUCUCCCUGGUUUUCAAAUUCUUUUCCCUUUUCCCGUAUUCCAAACAAACUCAGUAGGAUUCCUUUUGAAGUUUAACUACAGAUAAUGCUUAAUGAGCUUGAGGACUUGCUGAUGGCAUAUUGAUGCAGUGAAUUUGUAGUUUGUCAUUUCUGUUGUGCUCCAUAGCUUGAGGAAAAACUCUCAAGUAUUGGUCUUCACAGUGUUUAUAGUACUGCAAUAAGCAGUUCAUUAAGCAAGCUACAGAACUCCCUGAGGCAAGCUGUCCUGAGACAGGAAGCUUGCAUGUUCAUUUUUGAUUGCAAUUAAAGUACUGAGAAUAUUCCUGAAUGGGAGCUUUAAUUUUAUAGGUGAUAGUCAGGAGUUAGCAAUUGCUUAAAAUAAUACUAGGUUUACAUUGCAUGGAAAUGAAAAAGUUUUCUUUGUAUUUGUUGCUUCCUUGUCUUUAAUUUGCUUUCAAAAAUACUUCCUGGACUUCUGUAGUCCUCUGUAUUAUCUCUCUAACUUCUCCUGUGCCACCUCCCUGCCACUCCCACCUCCUUUUUUUUUUGCUUUUGAUGUUUUAUUGCUAUCUGAUUUUCUCCAUUAUUAAGCGAAAUUGACAAUAUUUGUCAAUUUCAGUUUUCUUCAUAUGUAGGGUGAAGCAGAAGAAUGUCAGUGUACUUUAUUAUACACUUAAAGCUGUGAUUCUCACUUUAAUAUCACAGCACUGAAUUAGAACAUUAAUUUUUAUUGCUGAUGAACAUUGUUUCCUAAAAUGUUUUUUUGGGGAAAAGGGCUUUUCAAAGUUUUAAGUGCCAAGAGGAAGUUCAGAUUGUUCCACUGUGUUAGCAACAGGUAAAGACUUAAGUAUGCUGUUCAGGUGAUGCAAACUUAAGAUAUGUUCAAGCUUAUACUUGGCAUAUUGACAGUUAUGUGAAAGAGUAAAUAGGAAUUAAAACUUGUCUUAUUCUUACAAAUGUAUUUUUAAGUCAGCCUGUAAUGCUCAUGCUUUUUAUACCAUCACACAAUACUCUAAGCUUUACCUAUUUUUAUUUUUUCUAUUGAUACAAUUUGUUUACCAAAAAAGGGUGAAAUGUGCCAAUUCUACUUGAGUUUUAGUUUCACUAAAAAGUCAAUCAUCUGCAAUAGGGCUUAAUAUAUUCCUUGUGGUGGUGGCUAUAACUUAUCUACAUACUUCAAGCGAAGCAGUGUUUCACACAGGUUUUUUUGUGGCUUCUCUUUU